CUUCGGAGGAUACCGAUGGCUGUUCACUUCCGUAUCUGGGCACAUCAAACUCGACAGGUCGAAGAAAUGUGAAAGUUGUUAUGAACCACUGUAAACAAGUAUGUCUGCGAUGCACAUGGGUGACACGGCCCGUUUUCUUGACAUGGCCAGGUACCAGGACUGUACAAUUCUCAACCACCAGGUUGCUGAGUCGCAACAGAAUGAUAAACUAUUUCAAACCAAAGCGAGCGGCAGUGCUUUCGAAAAUGACACGAUACGAGUUUGAGAAACGACUCUGCGACACGAAGACCGAAGAGGAAUUAAAAAGACAUCUCGAUUCCAAAAACUCUGAUUAUAAAGUUCUGUUGGAACGACACAUGAAUCACUUCAAGGCUUUAGAGAUAAUCCAGAAGAAUCUAGUAGCUGCAAACAUAGAUACACGUGUGGUAACUCGUUUUGAUUUCAACAGUGAUGUUAUUAAAUGGGCCGAUGUUAUUUUCACUGCUGGUGGUGAUGGCACGUUUCUGCUGGCUGCUAGCAAAGUUUUAGACAAGUCUAAACCUGUCAUUGGGAUCAAUACUGACCCUGAUAGGUCUGAAGGCUGUUUAUUGCUACCAAAGGAUGAGUAUGCUGCUGUGAAUUUUGAGGCAGCAUUGAGAAGAUUGCUAGUGGGCGACUUCAGCUGGAAGUGGCGUAACCGAAUUCGAAUCACAAUGUCUGGAUACCAUGCUAAUGAUGAAGCCAUUGAACUCCAUGAUCAACAACUCCAGUUUAUGGAGCACCGUUUCACGGAGCACGUUCAAGAGAAUGAAAUGCACGAGGUUCGGCGUUCUAGCCAUCUACAUCACAAACUACCAAAGCCAAAAAUUCUCCCGGUCCUAGCUCUGAAUGAAGUCUUCAUAGGAGAGUCACUGUCAUCAAGGGUUUCAUACUAUGAGCUGUCUGUGAAUGAUAUGCCAAGGGAGAAACAGAAGAGUUCGGGAAUCACCAUCUGCACAGGAACAGGCUCCAGUUCAUGGUACUUCAAUAUCAACCAAAUACAUGUUGAGGCUGUUAAGGACAUUCUCAGCAUAGCUAAUAAACAUAAAGACGGAAUAAGUCCAGUUGAAGAUGCAAAAACGCUUGAACGCAUUGCACAAGAAUUUAACAGUUCACUCUGCUUUGAUGCAUCCAAACUCAUGAUGGCCUACACAAUUAGAGAUCCAGUUGUAAAUGGUGUUUUCCACGUUUCCAAGCCACGCGGUUUUGCUAAAAGGUUGUCAGUUUUGUCACGUAUGUGGGAUGCAUGCCUAGUGGUAGAUGGUGGAUCUUCUUUCAAGUUUAACGAUGGCGCCAGAGCAACAUUUGAAAUCCAUGACGAUGAUGCUUUAAGAACUGUAUCAUUUGACUGAUGUGUGUGAAUGUGUGUAUGUGCAAGUGUGUGAUUGUGUGAGUAGAUAGCAUUGCUGUGUGUUGAAUAUGUCUGGAAACUGCAUGGAACCAAAGAUAUUUAUAUGAGAACAUAAUUUUGUAAAAUAUUACACAUUACAAGUACUGUUAUAUAUUUUAGAAAAUAUUUUGUUAUGUAGUUUAUAUAUAUAAAAAUAAAGUCUUUAAGCUUGAAAGUCCAAGUGAUUUUAAAAUUAACGUAAUUUUCAUAAUUUAUUGUGUUUAUGGCAAACUUCAAAUAUCUCAAACUUGUUGGUUCAAUCCCUUCAGCACAGAGAACAAACUUUGGCUUUGUAAACAUGUUCAAUUUAAACAUAUUCUAAGUCUUGUCUUCUAAGUCAUCAACAUGAUUUUUUGUUUAUAAAUCCCGGUUAGCAAUGGCAAAAACAAGUUUGAUUUUCUGUAUGAUUUGUUGUAUGUAAUAGUUGACCUAUGUACCUAAUAAUUCUGUAUUUCUAUGGGAAAAUGCAUAUAAAAGAUCCCUUGCUGCCAAUGGAAUUUGUUUUAGCAGAUUUCCUCUUUUAAUGUAUGAAAUGUAACUGAUGAUUAAUAAAUCAGGUUGUCUAGUGGUGUCAUUACAUCCUAAUAAUUCUCUAUCUGAUUCCUUAUUUAUCCCAGUUAACAUUGUCAAAAAUGUAGUAUAUUUUGUAUGUGAUAGGUACACUUUGCUAAUCUACCUGAUUUUUUAUUCAUCCCGGUUAACAUUGUCAAAAAUGUAGGUUUUUUUUGUUUUUGAUAGCUAGACACAUAGGAUAAAAUUACAUUCCUUACUUCCACAGCAUUAAUAAUAAGAUGCAUAGGCGUAUGAGCUCCCAUUUUUGUAGGGAGGUAGGCUGAUUUUUGUCUGAAUUAAACGAAAAUGCUAACAUCUGGAUAAUAACAUUUAUUCAUAUUAGAUUUAUGCCAAACGAAUCACUACGCAUUUUUACAUGGAUUAAGUCUAAUAUUGUGGGUAGAAUGAUGGAAAUGUAUGGUGAAAAGGUUUCAGGCAAGCCCAUUUUGGCUAAAUAUCUAUAUCCUUUUUGCCUGAAUUUGAGGAUUUGCUCCAGCCCCGUCCCUGGGUGUUCAGGUGCACAUAAACCUCUGGUGAGAGGGAAGUUUUCAAGGGGGUUGAGUUACCCCACCCAGAAAAUUUGCUUGGAGUAGGGGAGAGGGAUUCGACGUCCAAAAACUCUGGUUUUAGAGGUAAUUGGCCAAAUUUACAUAGCCUGUUUUUGACUUGUACGUAUUUACAAUGGUUAAUAUUUACAAUAUUUAAAACGCCUGGGUCUAUAUUUUCUAAGCUAUCUUAGCGCUACGAAAUCAUAAAACCAUCGUAGGGUGUGAUGUCACUACAGCACACGCCAUAGUGAUGUCAUAGUUUAUGAUGAUUUUACGAUUUCGUACGCUAAGAUUGCUUCGAAAAUAUGGACCCAGCCUUUAAGAAAGACAAAUUUUCGUACAUUUAGCCUAGUACCUUUAUUUAGUUGGUACAAUAAUGUUGAUAAUAUUUUCAUUUUGAUGGACAAAAUGACUUAAUGCAUUAACUUAAUACUCUUUAGUGAAACAGGUAUUGUAUGUUUUUCAUGUCAUGUUACCCAUUGAAUGUUUGAAGUGCUAUUUAGAUUAUACAAAUAUAGCAGUAAUUUUUCUGCAUUGGUGCAAAUUAUUUUAUGGAAUAUCUUAUGUGUGUUACAAAAAUACUUUUAUUAUUUGGUACUGGUUGAAUCUCAGCAGUUUCCCCAUGUGAUGUAUUGAAAAUAAAAUUGUUUUUAAUAUA